AAAUAAUCAUGGCAAGUUAUGUAAUCAGUCCUGCAGAUCAAUUAAUCAUACAAUAAGGUAGAAUCUUCUAUCCUUAUUAUUAGGAACACCCUUCAGUUGUGAAAUAGUACAUCCAGGACUAUCUUGUGAAAUGAACAUUUUAUCAAAGUAAAUAAAUUCAAAAUUACUUUAUAAAGUCUUCCAAGAAUCAUGAGAUCUAAUUCCAAAGUUUAUUUACCAGUUCAUUUGAUCCCUUUUCUACUUUAUAAACGAAAACAACUUAUGAAAAAGUAUCCACAAUACCUUUAAAUUAAAUAGUCCUGUCUCUACUAUUAGCAGAGCUCUUGUAUCUUAUUUUAAAAGUAUAUGCUUCCUUUCUUUUAUGGUUCAAAUACUACGAUAUAAUUGGUGCAAAUAAAAAAAUCUCCUUAAAAAAGUUGAUCCUUUUGUUCCAUUAUCGGGAGGGUUUAUGAGUUCAUUUGCUCUACUCUUAGAAUCCAAUACAAGGUAUCUCUUGAAUCUUAAUUUAGAGCGAUGGAAAUUUGUUUAAGUAUUAUUCCAAGAUUUUGCGAAACAUUCAUAAACCUAUUAAAAAGCAGGAGAAAAAUGAUAAACAUUCCUCAUGGAGAUGUUCUUGUUUUUUCAUUUGUUAUUGCUAUCAUACAUUAUUAUUAUCAACAUGAUGUAAGAUUGCUUAAUCAUAUUAGCCAAAAUCUUUAAAAAGCACAUAUUAUAAAGUUUUUGAAAAAAUAUGGGGUAUAAAUUGA